AUGGUAUGCGGCGUCUUUCUGACUCAGUCGUUCUUCUAUGCGGCCUGGGUGGCGUUGGUAUUGAAAUCGGUACCGUCUAAAAACCUUGUUCUUGCCGGUGUCGGAGAGUUGAUUCUUGAUGACUCUACCAUAUGUUCUGCUGAGGACUUAGCCAGCCAGUUUUACAUACGCCCCGAGGAUGUUGCAAAAAGUCGAACAAGGGCUCAAGCAAGUCGGCAACGUCUGGCCUCUCUUAAUCCCCACGUUCGUGUCAGUAUCGCGGUUCAUUCUCUAACUGCUGCGAGCGUUGACAUAGGUCAUGAAUUAAACAACUUGCUAGAUUAUGAACUACAUUGCAUGGUCGUUACCGAUAUACAUCUCUUCUUUGCUGCUCUCCUCAACAACUAUUGUAGACAACAUCAUAUUAAGUUUGUUUAUGCGAACACAAUUGGAGUUUUUGGCAACGUUUUCUGCGACUUCGGCCCGUGCAUCAAGUUUAGCCCUCCGGAUGAGGAGCCUCCUUCGACAUUUUUUAUCGAGAACAUAGAAAACGCAGAAAAGCCGAAACUGGUUAUUAGGGGGUCCGAUCAGCAUAAAUUACCUGACGGCGGUCUCUUAACCUUUCAUGAAGUUACCGGCAUGGUGGAAUUAAAUGGCAGAAUUGUUCAAGCGAUGGGACUGUCUCCCCAUGCACUCGAACUGAAUGUUGACACACGCAAUUUUGGAGAAUUUAGCGGGAACGGCCUGGCAAUCGAAGUAAAACAAGCUCUUGAAAUUACCCACCUUCCUCUUGCAAAACAGCUUGAAGAUCCUAAGCUCUCCAUAGUCGAUCUUGUCAACCCUGAUUCGGCUGCUCAGAUGCAUGUGGCUUUUUUGGCACUCAUGGCGUUUAUCUACAUUAAGAAACAGUUUCCUAAACCUUGGUCCAGAAAAGAUGCAGCACAGUUUUUGAAAUUGGCCGAACGAUUUUGCGUCCCCAAAGUGAAGAUUAACAAUGAUCUCCUGGCAAGAAUAUGCUUUACCUCUCGUGGUCAACUGCCUCCCCUUUGCUCGUUUUUCGGUGGUGUGGCUGCUCAAGAGGUCAUCAAAGCAGUAACUCAUCGAUUUACGCCCCUCAACCAGUGGGUACGUUCGACCGAUUAUUUCGCUAACUCUCUCCUCUAUGCAUCAGGAGCUGAUCUACUACUGCUUUCGCAGAUGUAUUUUGGUGCUGACUCCUUGAUACCUUCGGAAGUUCCGGGAAACCCAGAAAUUUCUAUAGACCCUCGCUAUGUUCCUCUACUCAGAUGCAUUGGACCGCAAAACAUGCGGAAAGUCACAACAGCUAGCGCUUUCAUGGUUGGGUGUGGUGCGAUUGGCUGUGAAUUGCUGAAAAACCUAGCUCUCCUGGGUCUCGCCACUGGUGCUCCUCUAGCUGCUAUCACAGAACUCACCAGCAAUCUGUCAAAUUCCACUAUCUCUCCCUCUUUCGACGACGAAACCUCCGCUAUAUCUUCUGAGAUUGUGGACGAUGGUGACAAUGAAGAACUGGUGCCUCUGAUCAUUCGCGAUUUCCACCAUAUGGUUAUUGAGUUGAGUCAUCUGGGGAUGGAACUGGGUACCAUACGCCCAUAUCAACUGGAUCACGGUGACACCGUUCCAGUGGCCGACAGCAACCUUGACUCGACACCAAGGGCUUCAUUGGAUGAUCACCUCGACCCACAUUCGCCCUCUGCAACUCGUGGCACGAUGACGGCUCUACUAACGGACAUGUCGACGGGAACGGUGACUGCUGUCGCUGGACCACAGGGCGAAUCGGCGACUGAGCUGUUGGAGGAUGAAAACAUUGUUCCUCUCGGUUCGCCCGCCUCUAGUUCAUCUGCUAGUUUGUAUCGAAUUGAUGAGCGAGAACUCUUGAGGUUGCCUAUGAUAACGCGGGUGAGCUCCCAAAGUGAUUACGAUGCUGAUGUGGAGUCUGUGGCACAGCAGACUUUCUCCUGCCCUCAACCGACCAUCACUACCACUGUUGUCACCAACACGGAUGCUAACACUAAUGCAAUCACCUGCGACGCGUUUUGCAUCACCAUAACUGAUAUGGAUCACAUCGAGAAGUCAAAUCUGAAUCGGCAGUUCCUGUUCCAAUCGGAGCACGUUGGUCAGGCUAAAAGCACCGUCGCUGCCGAAUCCAUCCGACAAAUUAACCCCGCGCUUAGAGUUGUUGCUCUGCAAGAAAAAUUGGAUUCUGACACUGAGAAGGAAGUCUUUACCGACGACUUUCUGCAGAAAGCAGCAUCAGGAAAGGACAAAUCCGGCCCCCCGAUAGUACUGUCAGCAUUGGAUAAUGUUAAAGGGAGACGUUAUCUGGACACUCGCUGUGUAGCCAACCGACUGGUGAUGUUUGACUCGGGUACACAGGGCACAAAGGGUCACACCCAGGUGAUACUCCCUGGGAUUACCGAGUCAUACUCAAGUCAGAAGGAUCUUGCGGAGGAGGAAGGGACCAGCGAUGUUGUACCAUACUGCACAUUGAAGUCUUUUCCCGCUAAAGUGUCAGAUUGUGUUGAAUGGGCAAGGGAAAAGUUUUUUACACAGUUCACCCUGAAACCACAGGUGCUGGAUCGGCUUUUUAGCGCUUUCAGGUAUUCUCGCAAAGAACUACGCGAUGCACUUCAGCAAAUGCUGACACAGGUCCCUCCUGAUUGUUGGUCCAAUGACACUACUCAAAGAAAUAUUCUCCUUCAAAACCUCAACACGCCUCAAUUGGCAUUUUUCAACAACCGACCUCGAACGUGGAGGGAGUGUGUUUGUUUGGCACGCGAGAAGUUUGAAAAAUAUUUUGCGCAUAAGGCUUUGCAUUUGCUUUACAAGUUUCCAGCGGACAAGGUGCUCGAUGGUGGGGAGCCCUUUUGGCAGUUACCACGUCGCAAGCCUCGACCGCUUACCUUCGACGUGUCGAAUAAGCUGCACAUUGACUUCGUGUGGUCCUUUGCUCGCCUGCUCUGUAAGCAAAUGGACAUUCAACUCCCCUCAGUAAGCACGUCAGCAACGGCGUCCUCUCUUGUUAAAGAAGCUCUAAUCAACUUCAGUCCGAGACCUUACGUCCAGUCAGACAAGGAGGUUAUUGUGGACACCUCAGUGAGCAGGCCAAUGCUAUCAAAUGGUCCCUCUUCGUGUCUGAUUGCCGAUGGUGCUUUCCAUCUCCAGUUGGAGAUUGCAAUUGCGAUUCUGAGCAAACCUGACUGUACGUUCAGCAUUUUUAUUCUCUCACUUAUUCCCAGGUUUCCUGUGAUUUUCAAACACUUUCUUGAUUCUCUACUUUCCGUCAUUUUUGGAAGGUUGUUUAGGUGCGACGGUAACAUUGUUCUUGCUGCUAACCUAACUGGAAGGGUGUUUCCUUUUUCUAUUUACUUAAAUAUGUCCCUAAUGUAUUUUCACUCCUGUAGUUGUAGUGCUUGUUUUUAUUGGUAG